UCCCACUGAAGUAAAGUAUAAAAGAUAGGACUCCUCAUUGACCAUCACACAAUCUACUACAUUGAAGUCCUGAAAGUGAAGAUUUGACAAAAGAUUCAUCAUGGCAGUCAUGAGAGCUCUUGUGCUUCUUUUCUUGGUCUUUUCUGCUGGGAAUGCAGCAGCUCAUCACUGCCCACAUGGAUGGACACCUUUUGGUGUGAAAUGCUACAAAUUCUUCUCCGAGUCAGUUAACUGGGUCACAGCUGAGAAAAACUGUCAAUCCAUUGAUGCAAAUCUUGCAUCUGUGCGCAGUAAAGUGGAAAACAACUUUCUCCUGAGUCUGCUUGCGUCUGCUGACACACGUGCUUGGAUUGGUGGCCAUGAUGGUGAAAUUGAUGGACAAUGGCUGUGGUCUGAUGGAUCUCAAUUUGAUUUUACCACCUGGUGCCCUGGCGAACCCAACAACUAUCAGGGUAACCCUGAGAGCUGCCUAAUGAUAAACUGGACCACUAACCAGUGCUGGAAUGAUGCGCAGUGUUCAUCCGCAUUCAGCUACAUUUGUGCCAAACCUCUGAGAUCGUGAAAAAUCUAUCUGUUUCAAUGUUUUACAUUAAAACAAUUUCACGUCUGGA